GGUAAAAAUGGAUAUUUAUAUAGUUUUAGAUAUUUAUUAAAAAUGUCGGGUACAGCCUGGGAUCCAUCCCUUCUUCCUUCAGAAACAAAUUCUACGAUGGAUGGUAUCCCGUCAGCUAACCUGAGGCAGCAUAAACUAGAUCAUCAAAGAAAACUUAUUGAAGAGAAACAAAGAAAAAAACGACAGCAGCAGAAUAAAACAAUUCAGCUGUCUGAUCUAAAAUCUGGAAGUGCAUUGAGUAAACGUCCCCUGAGCUCUGGUAAAAGAGAACUUCAUGGCUAUGAUGGACCUCUUCAAUAUCUUUCACAAGGAAACCCAGAUUCUAUGACAACUGUACAGGUAAUGCCCACCUUUAGUAAAAGCGCGGAUAAUUUGAUAGAUACAGCGGAUGGAAUAGAUAAAUCAGAUUCUCCACCUAGAAAUAAAGGUAUAACAAAUUAA